AAAGGAUUGGGUUUAUUUGUGGCACAGGGAGAGAGGGUGGAAGGCAGCCUGCCUGCCUGUGUGUGUGAGUGUGUGAGUGAGUGUGAGCUGGCUCUUGGUGAUUCCCUGCACAGCCAGCAGCCAGAUGUCUUUGCCAGAGCUUGCCCCUUCCUCCUGGGUCCCGAAAACCUUCAUCCUGAGUGCGCUGCUGGUCUCUGCUGUGGCUUCAGACCUCCGAGUGUGUGGCAAGAAUGAUUACCACUAUGAGUACACAGAAUGUGACAACACUGGGUCCCGGUGGAGAGUUGCCAUUCCUAAAUCUCCAGGGACGUGCACUGGAUUGCCUGAGCCAAUCAAAGGCAGAGAAUGCUCCUUUUCUUGUGGAUCUGGGGAGUUUCUGGAACUACAAAAUCAGAGCUGCAGUAAAUGUGCAGCAGGGAGUUACUCACUGGGGAGUGGCAUUCGAUUUGACGACUGGGAUACGAUGCCAGUUGGAUUCUCAACUGCAGCAGCCUUUGUUGAUGAGUUUGGAAAGAGUAUUACCGGUAGUGAAAAUUGCAAAUUAUCCUCCUGGGUUCCUCGAGGACGUUAUAUUGCUUCAAACAGAGAUGAUUGCACAGUUUCCCUCAUCUACUCUGUACACCUGAAGAAAUCAGGAAGGAUUACAUUUGAUUAUCAAUAUCUGGACAACUCCAUCUUCUUUGAAUUUUUUGUACAAAAUGAUCGUUGUCAAGAUACAGAAAUGACAGAACAAAAAUGGAUGCCUAAAACAGAAAGGGAUGAAUGGAAAAAUUAUUCAAUGGACUUGAAUACUGGGACAAAUGUCCUAUACUGGAGGACCACAGGAAUUAUGUUGGGUACAAAAAUAACCAAUCCAGUUCUCGUGAAAAACAUCCAUAUUGAAGGUGUAGCCUAUACUUCAGAAUGUUUCCUGUGUAAACCGGGAACGUUUAGUGAUACUGCUGGUUCCUCAGUCUGUAAGCCCUGUCCUCGAAAUAUGUUUUCUGGAAGAGGAGCCAGUUCCUGUCAGAAAUGUGAUGAAACCAAACAGUUUUCAGAAGAAGGAUCCAGUGAGUGCAAAGAUCGCCCACCGUGUACAAAGAAAGACUAUUUUCAGAUACAUACACGAUGUGACAAUGAGAGAAAGACUCAGAUCAUGUAUAAGUGGAUUACACCGAAGCUUUGUAGGGAGGAUAUGAAAAAUGCCGUCCAGCUCCCUCCGUCUGGAGAGAAGAAGCCUUGCCCACCGUGUAACCCUGGUUUCUACAACAAUGAGACUUCAGUCUGUGCCCCCUGCCCUACGGGCACAUUCUCAGAUGGAAUGAGUCCAUGUAAACAGUGCCCAGCUGGUACAGAGCCCACGCUGGGCUUUGAGUAUAAAUGGUGGAACACUUUACCAGUGAAUAUGAAAACCUCAUGCUUCAAUGUUGGAAAUUCUAAGUGUGACGGAAUGAACGGGUGGGAGGUAGCAGGUGAUCACAUUCACAGUGCGGUCGGAGGCUCUGAUAAUGACUACCUGAUCUUAAAUCUCCACAUUCCCAGCUUCAGCCCACCGACUUCAUCAGCACAUUCCAAUGGGAUGGAAGUGGGGAGGAUGACCUUUAUUUUUGAGACCCGCUGUACCGGAGACUGUCAGUUAUACUUCAUGGUGGAUAUAAACAGAAAGACGACAAGUGUUGUUGAAUCUUGGGAAGGUACUAAAGAGCGACAAUCAUACGCUCAUGUCUUAACGAAGAAUGUACCAAUUACUUACACUUGGGCUUUCCAACGAUCAAAUUCUCCUCAAGAGAUCAGAAAGUUUGUGAAUGAUAAUGUAAAGAUCUACUCCAUCACGGUGAGCAAUGCGGAAAAUGGUGUGUCUUCACAUUGCCGGCCUUGUGCCCUUGGCCCUGAUCAGCAGAGUUCUUCCUGUGUGCCUUGUCCAGUUGGACACUAUAUUGAGAAAGAGACAAAUCAGUGCAAGGAAUGUCCUCCAGAUACCUAUCUCUCAGCUCAUCAUGCGUAUGGUAUAGAGGCAUGCAUCCCCUGUGGACCGGGCAGCAAAAGUGAUAAGGAUCACUCAGUUUGUUUCAGUGAUUGUUCACUUACACACAUGCUGGAGAAUCGGACUCUAACAUUUGAGCUCAGCAAUAUCAGUGGUGUGGCUUCCUUCAUGAAUGGACCCAGUUUCACCUCAAGAGGAACAAAGUAUUACCAUUUUUUUAACAUUAGCUUAUGUGGGAAUGAGGGGAAAAAGAUUGCCAUUUGCUCUGAUAAUGUAACUGAUGUAACGGUCCAGGAUGUACACAGCGAUCCCAAUGAAUUGGGCAAUUCUGUUGCUUCUUUUGUCUGUCAAUCGACGAUCAUUCCCUCAGAUGGGAGGAGUUUCCGAACUGCACUGUCAUCUCAGUCUAUCAGUCUGGCUGAUGCCUUUCUAGGAGCAACUGUUGAAACAUCCAUUCAAAAUGUUACUGCGAAACCAGAGUACUUUCCUGCUCCUACAAACCACAUACCUGACAUCCAUUUCUUCUACAUGUCAUCUCUGUCAACAGCUUCAUGUGAAAAUGGCCGUGGAACAGUCAUAACAAUAAGAUGUGAUCCAGGAAAGGAGGGGAAAGGAGAAAUCUCUGUACCAAGUGGCUGUCCGGGUGGGACAUGUGAUGGAUGCACAUUCCUCUUCCUGUGGGCAACUGUCCAAGCCUGUCCACUCUGCACAACAGCUGACUACCAUGCAAUCGAGGGAGCUUGCAAAGGGGGUCUUCAGGAAACCACGUACGUAUGGAAGGAGCCGAAAGUGUGCAGCAAAGGUGUCAAACUUCCUGCAAAAAGCAUCGCCAACUGUGAGAUGAUAGAUUUUUGGCUAAAGGUUGUUGUAGGAAUCGGAGCUUUUACUGCAGUGCUGCUGGUGAUAUUGACCUGUUAUUUCUGGAAAAAGAACAAAAAGUUAGAGUACAAAUACUCGAGACUGGUGAUGAACACAAACUCGAGGGAAGUGGAACUCCCUGCAGCUGACAGCUGUGCUAUAAUGGAAGGUGAAGAUAACGAAGAUGAAAUUGUUUAUUCCAAUAAACCUUCCUUACUGGGGAAACUGAAAUCAUUAACUUCAAAGGACAAAGAAGAUAUUUUUGAGUCUGUUCAACUCAAGUCACCAAGAGCUCGCAAUAUAUGAAGGUGGAAAAUUGGCUACGGAAAUGUUGGCAGUAAUCCCUACAACAAAAUGCAAGCGUGUGUACCAGCUUGAACCAUGAAGACAUCUCAAGUACGACUGUACCUGAAAUACUACUGAAAAGAAACGUUUGCAAAUAGGAACUGUGUGAUUGCCUUAUUGUGCUAAUUGUAGGGAGUAUCAGACGUAAGUUGCCAAAUGUGAUAGACUCUGCUGGUUGCCAAACUGACAACAUAAAUCUCAGGAAGAGCUUAUAUUCAUUCUUUUUACUAUGUCACCAAUAUAAUUGGACAUGUUAUUUUUCUUCUACCAUUUGUGUGGUUUGCUAAGUUAUUUUUCUUUAUUCCCUUGUUUCUCCUUGCAGUUAACUGCAUUACUUUAUUUCCCAAAUUUUCAGUAUAGCUGUAUUGAGCUGGAUACUGCAACAGUAAGUUCCAUAAUUUAAAGUGAUGGAUUUAAACUCUGGAUUAUGUUUAUAAUGUACAAAGCAGCAGGUAAGUCCGUGUCUCAAUGAUGAAAAUAACCUUGUAAUGUUUACAAGACAGUGAACAUCACAUUAUUUUCUAAAAGUCCAGGGAUCAGAGUUCGAUUCCACCUCAGGAGACAGUCUCUGUGGAAUUUGCACAUUCUCCCAGUGUCUGUGUGGGUUUCCUCCAGGUGCUCCGGUUUCCUCCCACAAUCCAAAGAUGUUCGGAUUAGGUGGAUUGGCCAUGGGAAAAUGACAAUACUGUGCAGGGAUGUGCAGGUUAGGGGGGUUGGGGUUAACUGUGUGGUUACAGGGAUAGUGCAGGGAUGUUUGGGGUCUGGGUGGGAUGCUGUUCGCAGGGUUGGUGUGGACUUGAUGGGUCAAAUGGUCUGCUUCUACACUGUAGGGAUUCUAUGAUUCUAUGAAGGAUUCUGUGAAAAAUCCUCUAACACUAUCAUCUUGUCUUGAUUUGAUAAAACUCUUUGUAUUGGGAAGGUGAAACUUCCUGGAGUGUGCAUUGAACAUGAUUCAGUCUGUAUGUUAUUACAGAAAUUGAACAUUUGUUGCAAAUCACUAACAGACUGUUUAAAGUGUUGGUGCUGGGCUGUGAGAGCUGCUGCUCAAUCAUUUCUUCACUUGCAAUGGUUUUAAUUGACACUUGCUCAUUGUGCCCUCUUGUGGCUGAUGCAAGGUAUAGCUGGUCCAUGGUGUUCCCUGAAAGUCAUUUGCAGCCUGUUACUUUGAUCACCAUCCUUUAUGACAUUUUACACGUUAUUUCGGUAAUGUUUAUUAAUGCUUCAUUAUUUUCAAUUAUUGACAAUGAAAAAAGUAAUGCUGCAGAGUUGACCACAUUCAAUGUAUCAGUCGAAGACUGAUUUGUUUUUAGAAACUGCACAGAAACGCAGGCUUGUAGCUCUUUGAGAAAAGUUACUGAAACGAGGACCCAAUUUUUAAUGCUGUCUGUUGUAACCGUGAUCACUGUCAGAAAUCACUAAGGGUUGGGGCAGCAUGUUGCUAGGAUGAAACAGACAUUGGACUGUGGUACCAAAGGAAGCAGAAAAACAUUGUCACAUUUUUAAAAUUCAGUGUAUAAAGUACAUAGUGAAUCAAUUCAUUUCUGUACAGGCUGUGUAAGAAUUGAUCUGUGCAUUAAAUAAACAUUAUGGAAAGUUUAAUAGAUAGUUUUGCGACAACAGGGAACUGCUUAAUAACUGAAGAAAGAUUCUGAAGAAGUCCUAUCAGACUCAAAAACUUGACCUCGUUUUCUCUCCACAGCUGCUACCAGAUCUGCUGAGUUUCUUCAACAAUUUCUGUUUUAGUUUCAUAUUUUACAGCACUGAUUUGCUUUUAUUUAAUUAAUAACACUAUAUGCCCAGGAAAGAUCUUCUACACAGAUUGUUCCUUCCACCAACCAUCAAGUGGCAGCAAGUCUCAUUAAAACCAUUUGCAAAUGUCGGUGAGUGAAUGUAUUAAACAAGUUUUACUUCAUCAAAGUACUAAUUGACGUUACCCCUUUUCCUCUAGAUCUUGGUGAUGUUAUAUUUAGCAGUCAAGCUUAUCGUGUCACAAACUUGUCAACCCAAUCAAAGUUUUGCUUCACUCAUGAGCAAGGCAGAAUAGUCACAACCCACCCUUCAGGUGACCACAGAUACCUGUCGCUCUUAUAUAUAAAAAAACUAGCCAGGUCAGAAAUCCUUUCCAGGGCAGUGCUGUUUUGUAUAAUCAGAAGGAGUGACCGUGACUUUUGAUCCUCAGUUCUGAAGUGUGCAAUGUUUAUGAUAAUAAAUGUUUAUGAUAAUAAA